AUCCUGAGCCUAAGUUUGAAUCAAUGAUGUUGUUUCAGAAUUAUAAAAUGGCAGUGGGAGGUCCUCUUUUUGGUGGAGCUACGACUAGAUCAACAUCUAAGUCUUUGGUUGAAUUUCGUGCAGGCAAAAUGACGCUUAAUGCAUCCACAAAAAUGGUGAGUCCUGAUAAACGGAAGGGUCUUGUAUCCGUCUAUCAGUCGGACGACCAGCUGAUGCAUCUAACAUGGAAGGAUCGUGGAACCGGAACUCUGGAGGACGAUUUAAUCAUCUUUCCGGACGACUGUGAGUUCCUCGCAGUCCCUGCAUGCACCACCGGACGAGUGUUCGUCCUCAAGUUUAAGACGAGUAACAAGAGAAUGUUCUUCUGGAUGCAGGAACCUAAGACGGACAAGGACGAGGAGUUCUGUAAGAAGGUGAACGAGUCCUUGAACCAACUGCCUAGUUCUUCAUCAUUCAGCAGUGGCAGGUCUGGAGCUGCAGGGUUAGGAGGAGUACUCCCUGCAGGAUUAGAUUUUAACAAUCUCGGAGAUUCUGAGCUGCAGAACCUUCUGAAUAACAUGUCUCAGUCCCAGCUCAUGCAGCUGUUUGGAACUAGUCUGGGCGGAGCAGGCGGGGGAAACAUGCAAGGACUCGCCUCCCUCCUUGGGAGCAGCGGAGGACGAAGUCGCCAGGCGGCGGGUACCGGUAGAACUCGUCCUACUCCGGUUGAAACCCCAGCGGUAGCUGCUACUCCUGAAGCUGUACCUGCUGCUGGAGCUGCUAAUCCAAACAUUCAGCUUUCAGAUCUUCAGUCAAUCCUUUCAAACAUCCAGGUUCCUCCUGGAGGUGAAGGAAUUGGAGCAGGAGGCCCUGCUGUUGAUAUGUCCUCUGCUCUAACCCUGGAGACUCUGCAACCUAUUCUCUCUAACCCUGAGUUCUUGGAGAAGGUGAAGGAUUUUGUGCCGAAAGAUGAGUCUGCAGGAAAGGAUGUAUCUGCUGAGGAUCUCAAGGGAACUGUUCUCUCUCCUCAGUUUAAACAGGCCGUCUCGAUGUUCAGCAUGGCACUGCAGUCUGGUCAACUUGGUCCUUUGGUCAGAGAGUUCGGUUUAGGUGACUUAGCUGCUGCAGCAGCUGCUCAAGGGGAUAUGCUCUCCUUCGUACAGGCUCUACAGAAGGAUGCUGGAGCAGGAGAUACUGAAACUAAGAAGAAAGAUGAUGAACCCGAGGAUAUGGCGUUGGACUAGAAGAGCUUCGUUCUAGCCUAGGAUUAGGAGAGCUCUGUUCUAACCCAAAACUAGGAGAUCUCGGUUCUAACUGAGUGUUCUGUCCAAUUUGAACUUCGAUUAUAAUUUAAUUACUGAACAAUAUUUUAUCAAAUUCUUCAUGUAAUUUUUCAGA